AUGCCACCACCCAGUUUCAGUGUCAGUGGACCUAUGACUGUGGCCGAUUGCGAACAUUUAGCUGCUCAAUUGUUAGAUCCCAGUGUUGCGGUGGAAUUGAGGGAUUCCGCAGAGACAGCCAGGGAUUUUGGUUUCUAUGAAAAAUACCUCGGAGCUUUGAUCCCUUCAGUAUGUACCGUACUAGGAGAUGAGAGGACCAUAUCUUUCACUAGAGAUAAUCUCGAGCAGAGAUUGAGACAUACCCUUCUUUCUUUCAUACAACGCUUACCUCAUCAUGAACCUCUUCGUCCUCACGUGGCUAAGAUCAUGGAGCUCAUGAUCAAACUACUAAAAGUAGAGAAUGAAGAGAACGCAAUGUCAUGUAUAAAGAUAAUGAUUGAUGGUAUACGAAGUCAUAAGGAACAAGCUGAACCACUGGCCGAACAGUUCUUGGAUUUGGUCAAACAGAUGUAUGCUAAUAUCAAAUCUGUGGUAGAGAAAGAAUUUGGACCUCCAUCCACUAUUACUGGGCCGUCUUCUUCACCUGUCCCCGUUACACCAGGAAGUGACACUCCUUUUCCUCAAGCGCAACCUACCACACCGGCUCCUACCGUCCUUGCCCGUUCACUGUACUCUCCCAAAGUCCUCACCGAAUGCCCUAUCGCCGUCGUCCUCAUUUUCCAAACUUUCAAGUCCAUCAUGCAAGGUGCUCUACUCGAUUUCUACCCCCUUGUGCUAGAGAGCAUCAAACUACAACCAGAACCUCAACGACUGGCUCAUCUUGAGGCCAAGGAAAGAGGAGAGACGUUCACGGGCGUUACACCCGCCAUCACCAACCGUGAAGUUUAUACCGAACUCAUCAAGGCGCAAGUCAAGACAAUGGCAUUUGUAGCGUACAUUUUACGAGGUGCUCAGAAUGUCAACGUCAAGGACUAUCUCGAAGUGUUCCCAGAAGCUUGUAUCCGACUACUGAGGGACUGUCCACCUGAAGAUGUAGGUACUCGGAAAGAACUUCUCGUCGCCACCAGACAUAUUCUUUCAGCAGAAUCCAGAUCGGCGUUCAUCCCUUACAUUGAUACGUUGUUGGAAGAGAAAGUUCUAGUAGGGUCAGGCGUGUCAAGUAGGGAAACACUACGACCUCUUGCAUAUUCCGUUGUCGCGGAUCUCAUCCAUCAUGUCCGUAACGAACUCCCCAUGUCGCAACUCUCCCGGGUCGUGUAUGUCUUUUCCUGUAACCUCAACGAUGCUUCCUUCUCUGGAGCUAUCCAAACAAUGUGCGCAAAGCUCCUCAACACUCUCGUCGAUUCGAUCAUCAGCAAAGGUGAACCCACCGAAGCGUCUAGGAUCUUACGCGGCAUGUUCUUCACAGCGUUGGAGAAGUUGCGAUGCAUGACGGAAACAUACGAUCGUUUGAAAGCGAUACAGACGUGGGACAAAGCACAAGAACAAGCGAAAGAGGAAGGAACAGAGCGUAAAGAUCAAGUUGACGUUUCUGGCGAUGUCAGCAUGACCGACAUCGAGGAUCCUGCCGACAAGCAGAAAUUCGGAUGGAGAUUUAUCGAACAAUCCAUGCCGGUAUAUUCUGUUGCUUACGCCAAGGAAUCUCUUGAAGCUUUUUGCAAGGAAGCGCGUUAUCUGUUCAAGACACUGCUUCAUACCAUCCGAACUUUACUAGCAGCAUCACGUUCUUCCGGUCAAGAUGCCCAACCUAUGCCUCCUCCAGAUGGUGAAAUGCUCGGCGAGUUCUUCCGUCACGCUCUACGUUGUCUUGCCAUUUUCGAAGGUCAACGUGAGCCACGCGAGUCCAAAGAUGCUGUGGAAUUGGUCGACCAAAUAUUACUCAUGUUUGAACCGCACGUCUUCGCUGAAAUCUGGACACUCAACAUGGACUUCUUCGUCGAGCAAGCUACUGUCAGCCUUCACGUGUUUCCUGUCCUACAAACUUUGAUCACCCACGAAUCGGUCUCUCACCAGCUUGUCGCUAUCCUCCUCAAGUACCUCAUGGCUCAUUUGGGCGACCUAGGUCACGAAUCAAAGGCCAAGACCAGUAUCUGUCUAAGAUUGUUCAAGAUGUCAUUUCUCGCCAUCAACACGUAUAUCGCCAGUAAUGAGUCUGUCCUCGUCCCUCAUCUGCAAAAGCUCAUCAUGGAAUCUUUUGAGCAUGCUGCCAAAGCAGACGAUCCAGCCAUCUACUAUCAAAUCCUUCGUGCAUUGUUCCGAUCCAUCGGCGGUGGAAGGUUUGAAGCGUUGUACAAAGAGGUCUUACCCAUCCUUCAUGAAAUGUUAGACACUCUGGCUUACCUCUUACAACACACCAGUGAUACGGCACAGAGAGAUCUCUUCGUCGAACUCACGCUCACUGUCCCCGUCCGAUUGACCAAUCUCCUUCCUUACUUGUCAUACCUCAUGAAACCCCUCGUACACGCACUGCACGCGGGCCCAGAGCUCAUCAGUCAAGGUCUUCGAACUUUAGAGUUAUGUAUCGACAAUCUCACUGGCGACUUUCUUGAUCCUACCAUGACUCCUAUCCAUCGAGACCUCAUGAUCGCCAUGCAAGCACUACUCAAGCCCAUCCCUGCCAACAGACAACAUGCGGGAGCAGCGGUCAAGAUUCUCGGCAAGCUCGGCGGACGUAAUCGGCGUUUCCAUGAGGUAGAUCACGAUCUACAAUACUGGAGUUCCAACUCUAGAUUGCUUGUCCCUAUAUCUUUCAAAGGGAAAACUGGCAGUCUUCCUUUGUCGCCAUUGGUUCAAGCCGCAACUUCUGCUCUUCACGAUUCCGACGCGCUAUAUCAAGACGAGGCUCUGCAGGCCCUGAUGCUUACCUCUUUGACGGUGUUCGAAACGGAUGCUCCCAAUCCUGAAGGGAAUGAUACGUUCCAGGAGACUAUUUGUGGACUUGUGCAAGCCACUCAGCAAGAGGCUAUCGCUGAGAAAGCAAUCAAGUUUAUCCGCAGCUUCUGCAGCAGAAUGUUCACGUCUGAGAUCAAUCGAUCGGAUGCUAGCCCUGGCAAAUUCUCCCAUGAAUCCAAUCGUAAAAGACUCCUUCCGCUCACCAGCGCCUUCUUCGACUCUUUUGUUUUUGCUCUCGCCCAAGUCAAGGAAUCUGAACGACCCGGCAUCAUCUCCGUACUUGUCACGCUAGUCAACGAUCUCCGGGGAAUGUCGCAAAAUACACCAUCGAAUCAUUCCCCAGAAACGGCCCGUGUCAUACAGACCCUUCUCAGCCGUCUCGUCACUUUAUGUCAGGACGAAGAUUGGUCUCGCAAGAUGGCUGGUGUCAACGCCAUAACCGCAAUCAUGCGAAUACCCGAUAUCAGCCGACAAAUUUUGAUCGAUCUUGAAAUAGAGCUAGUCCGAGCUUUCAUGUUUUGUCUUCGCGAUGCUCCCAAACAUGUCCCGAGAUCAGCCGAUAAAGUCAAGGAGGCAGUCAUAUUCCUUCUCCGCACAUGUCAAGGACACGACGAAGGUAAAGUACGUAUACCACGAUUGGUUGAUUGUUUCAUCACGGAGUUGAAUGGCCAAAAUGAACUCUCCCGCUCAAGCACGCGGGAAUUCAUCAGCUUACUAGCGGAGCUUACGGCGCAACCGAUUCUCAACCUCAUUCAAACCACGGUCAAAGCUCGUUUACUAGAUCCACAGGGAGCUAUCUUUUCGAAGCCUCUUCGAGCUAUAGCGAUGCCUAUGCAAGUCGGGAAUAUCGACGCUAUGACGUAUAUAAUCGAGCUCCGUCCUCCACUCGUUGAGACAACAGAAGAGUUUGUGCGUAUGUUACAUGAGGUGCUUGCACUUGCGGACGUGGACGAUCCAGCACCCAAAAGUGCCAAUUACAAGGAUGAAGUGUGGCUGAAACGCUUGAGGAUUUCUUGUCUCAAGCUGCUCAACGCGACCAUGGCAUGCCCUGAAUUACUAUCCAAACCUCAUGUGGCGAACAUCCGCUCAAAAAUUAUACAGGUCUACUUCAAGCAUGUGUAUUCGACCAACUCGCCAACAAGUGAUAUCGCUCAUGAUGGUCUUCGAGAGGUCCUCAGUCACCAAUCUAAAUUGCCGAAAGAUGUGCUCCAGACCGGCUUACGACCCAUUCUCGUCAAUCUUGCCGAUGCUAGGCGUUUAAGUGUGACAGGUCUAGAGGGACUCGGUCGUUUCCUCGAGCUCUUGACCAAUUACUUCAAAGUGGAAAUCGGUGUCAAGUUACUGGACCAUCUAUCUACCUUGGGCGAUCAUCAAAUGUUGGCUGAGGCUGCUCGAGAUCCAUUGGACGACAACACUGACAUUGCUCGCAUGACCAGACUCGUCAACAUCUUCCGUCUUCUCCCAUCGACCGGAGUUCAAUUCCUCAAAAGUCUCACGAGUAUCGUGGUGGAUGUCGAAGCUCAAUUACACCAAUCCUCUCCUGGGCCGUUUACCGUCAGUUUAGGUCGUUACCUCGAUCGAUAUCAUGUUGAAGCCGCACAAAACUUGCUCGAUAAUAUAAGCCAUUCGAGAUACAUAUGGACCUAUCGGUGUAUCAUCAUGUCGGAUUCUGCACCUCUUCUCGUGGAACAAUUGUCAAAUAACGCAGAAGCAAUCUGCGAAAUGUGCUUCAAGGAUCCAGAUAAUACAGAUCUUGUUAUCCCUGGCUUAUAUCUCAUUCGAGAGCUGUCACGCAAGUCUCCUUCUUGGUUGGCAGAACGCGAGCCUGUCCUAUCCGCUCUGGUCGUAGUUUGGCGUUCUAUUCUCGAGAAAUCACGUAACUCGAAGAUCAACAUGACUGGUCCUCAUUAUCAGGUCAUUCCAACGUUGAUUUUGGAAAUGUUCAUGACAGCUCUCCGAUACCAGCAUAUCGUCCCUCUUCUUUUCCACGUCGUCGAGGCUUUCGAGAUCCGUAGCUCGUUCGAAAAGUCCUUCGUGUCCUUCUUCCUCUACGAGCAAGCGGCGUUGCAAGAUUCUGUCGAAUAUCGACGAGAGGUUAUCGAACAUUUCCUCAAUAUCUAUGAAGAUCCUUCCGUUACUUGGGCCUUCAAGACGAAUGCUCUUCGUGUCAUUGUCAAUCCCACCAUCAGAACCUACUUUGCAGACGACAAGCAAGACGGUUCUCUUAUCACACACGGAGCAGUGCAGAAGAUUGCCUCUUUGAUGUGGCAACCUCUCGGAGCCACCGCCGCGGCUAGAGCGUUGGACGACACGACACUCAUUGAGAUUUUCGUACUCACCACUUUGUUGGUACAUCAUUGCAGUGUGAAAGUCAGCGAUGUCCGGAAGCAUGUUUUCAAGCUAGCUUGGAUGGGUAUAAACCUUCUCGAACCGACUGUCAAGCUUACGGCGUAUGUCCUGACUGCGCGAUUCAUGUCGACUUUCGAUACCCCUUUCAAAUUCGUUCGUCUCACGUGGAUCGGUGUUCUCAGAUUGAAAGAUACGGAGAAUCGAACUCUUUUCCGUCAAGCAACGGAUAUUCUUGCUGCUUGUCUGCCAAUCCGAGAUCCUCCUACCGUUGGCACACCAGAAUGGGCUCAACGAUUGCGCGCUAUCCUGGUGGAGGAUGGACCUGCGACCGGACAAGUGGUCAGCGUCUGCGAGUUACUGGUCAAUCACGCCGAUUUGUUUUACGAUUAUCGAGAGCUCUAUGUUCCUCAGAUCGCCAACUCCUUGUCGAAGCUUGCCUUUGCUGCUGCUUCUACACCCGAGUUGCGCAAACUCACCAUUGAUAUUGUUGAGCUUAUCUUCCGGUGGGAGAAACGGCGGAUGGCCGCUCGUGAUGAGGCGAUGGAUGUGGAUGAGAAGCGAACUCUGCAGGACUCGCCCGAAGCAGCAUCAAGUAAACGACAUAGACUUGAUAGGGCUGGUACGGUCGUUUCAGCCAGUAGUGGUGGUGGAUGGGCUGCACCAAGUCAAGUCAGAGAGAUGAUGACCUCUCACUUGAUGCGAUUCGUCUCGUCUGCUCAAGAGUCUUCAACCAGAAACAGUUUGGUCAAAAGAGCUUUGAAUCUCUUCAAAGAAAUGCUGGGUCCGAAAGGUUUACCGAACGUUCAGGUGAAACUCAGCUUCUUCCAUCGGACAUUGGGACAUGAUAUAACACCAGAGAAUAUCAACCAGGUUGCCAACUCGACGGAAGUCAUCGCAGCUGUUGCUGCUGUCAAAGAUCGGAAUUGGGUCAAAACGAAUCUGGCCCUUCUCACCAAGCUUCUUGAGAAAGUUUGGAUGUUCGACGAUUCGACUUUACACGAGACUGUCAAAGAUCUCACCGAACAAAUGCUCAAGGAAAUGCCAGAAGAUGAGAACGCAGAAGCCGAUGCGGAUUCGAAAGCCCUACUUGCCGUCGUACAAAACGCAGUGACUGAAGGUCUCGCCGCAGGUCUUCGAUCCAGCUCUCACGUCCCUGGAACAAUCUUCCUCCUUGAUUGCUGGCUCAAAGCUCAGCCGAAGCAACUUCAAAACGACGCUAUAUCGUCCGGUCUUCUCAAAGUACUCGCAAAUCUUGUCAAAAUCCAAACUGCCACUGGCGCACCAGAGUCGGCUCAUCGACUGAUCAUCUCUAUCUUGGACCUUUUGCGAGAUCGUGUGGCCGACCUACGUGAACAACGGAAGCAUCUGCAGAGCGUGCUUAGCACAUUGAUCGAGCGUUCGACUAAUCUCGUCCUCUGUCGUUAUCUCCUCGAUCUGAUCCGUCAUUGGGUGUUGGACGAUCCCGAGCCAACUUCUCAAGGCAAAGAGAAGGCGGCGUUAUUGAUGCGCAUGACAAGUUUUGAUCAGCGGGACGAUGCGUUAUUCCAAAGUUUUCUCGAGGUGGUUUACCAAGUGUAUGAAGUCGAGUCUCUCCGUGGAUCAGAUAUCACACAUCGUUUAGAACCGGCUUUCCUCCUUGGCACCCGAUCCAAGGACCCGGCACAGCGAGCCCGUUUCCUCGGCAAACUCGAACAGAGUCUUCCUACGGCGAUAGAUGCCAGAUUACAGGCGUUGUUCUCAAUUCAAAACUGGGAUGUUUUGGCGGAUUUCUAUUUCAUUCCCGAGAUCCUGACUCUGCUUCUGGGUGUCGCGCGUACGGACGAUCCAUGUUUGAAGACGGAAUUGGAGAGACAAGACGACGAUGACAUGCUGGCUGAUCUGGCCACCACAGCGACAACUGGGGAUUUAUUCCGAUCCCUCAGUACCUUGGCCUAUCUCAGUUCUCCACUCGCUCACCACGCUUGGGUCACCGUAUUCCCUCUCGUUUGGUCUUGUCUGUCACGUCAACAACAAAUCAUCUGUACGCCCCACAUUGUCAAGUUGCUCUCUAAAGAAAGCCUUCGAAAACAGGCUGAAUCACGUACAAAUGUCGUGCAGACCUUCCUUGCUGGCUUCCUUCCCUGCUCACCGCCCAUCGCGCUUCCGCCGACUCUGAUCAAGUACCUUGCCAAAACUUUCAACGCUUGGUACAUUGGAUUCGAACUCCUCUCCGGUCUCACCGAAGUGUUCAAAGGUGACGACGCUCUCCGAGAGAGUUGCACGACCUCGCUCGCCGAAUUAUAUGCCGAUUUGAACGAAGACGACAUGUUCUAUGGUCUUGCUAGAGGUCGUUGUGCCUUUGUGGAGACUACGGCUGCUCUCACUUAUGAACAGAAUGGAAGAUGGCAGCAGGCAAUGGAGAUGUACGAACAGGCCCAGACCAAGGCUAGGAAUAGUCUGCUGCCAUUCAGUGAGGAAGAGUAUUGUUUAUGGGAAGAUCAUUGGAUUCUGGCUGCGCAGAAGUUACAGAACUGGGACUGGCUAUUAGAUUUGGGACGUGUCGACAACGAUGCGGAUCUAUUGCUUGAAUGCGCUUGGAGAUUGAGCGAUUGGACUUCCCCGGAUCGAGAAACCUUUGAUCAGAAUAUUGCCAAAGUGAUCGAUGUGCCCACCCCUCGACGGAAGACCUUUGAGGCAUAUUCGGCAUUACUCAAAGCUCAUGCUGCCAGAGAACCACCCAACGACUUCUUGCGUAUCCUCGACGAAACUCAGCAGGUGUCGUUACGCAAAUGGGUCAGCUUACCCACGCACAUCACCCCGGCGCACAUCCCGUUACUUCAACAGUUCCAACAAUGUGUCGAGCUGGCCGAAGCUGCCUCGGUUUUCGACAGCUUGAGCAUGACCAACGCCGCCAACCUUGAAGUUCGCGUCAAUGGAGAUCUCAAGCAGAUCUUCCAUACCUGGCGAGAUCGUCUUCCGAACUUUUACGACGACAUCAAUAUUUGGUCCGACAUGUUGGCAUGGCGUAACCAUGUUUUCCAAGCUGUCACAAAAGUCUAUGUACCGCUUAUACCAUCUGGUGAGACGGGAACUUUCGGUUAUCGCGGAUAUCACGAGACGGCAUGGAUGAUCAAUCGAUUCGGUGAGGUUGCUAGGAGACAUGGCUUGCUCGACGUAUGUUCAAUCGCUCUCAACAAGAUCUACUCCUUGCCCAAUAUCGAAAUCUCCGAAGCUUUCCUCAAAUUACGAGAACAGGCUUUGUGUUUCUUCCAGAAACCUGACAAGUUCAACGACGGACUUGAGAACAUCAGUACGACGAAUCUCAUGUAUUUUGCCCCGGCACAAAAGGCCGAAUUCCUCACCCUCAAAGGCAUGUUCAUCUCCCGCCUUGGACAAGAUGAGGAGGCGAACGCCGAGUUUGCCCAUGCCAUUCAGAUGGACAUGGGUUUACCGAUGGCUUGGGCGGAAUGGGGUAAAUUCAACGACAAACUUUACCGCGAUCGUCCGGAAACAGUCCCAGGUCCACCGCCAGAGCCCGAACCCGGGAAACCCAAGUUGACUGAAGAGCAAUAUGCUAGUAUGUACGCUAGAGAUCGUGCGGUAUUGGCUUCCAGUGCUGUUAGCUGUUAUCUCCAAGCUGCGGGAACAUACAAUAAUCACAAAUCUCGAGCGUUGCUCCUCCGGGUUCUCUGGUUGCUGGGCUUGGACGACAGUCACGCCACCAUUUCGAGGGCGUUCGAAAACUACAAAGGCGAUCUGGUCAUUUGGUAUUGGCUCACUCUCAUUCCUCAAUUGCUCAUGUCACUCUCUCAUCGUGAGGCUAAACAUGCUCGACUUAUCCUCACUCGGAUCGCCAAACAACACCCACAAGCGUUGUUCUACAGUUUGCGAGUGACCAGAGAGGAUUUCAGCAGUCAUAAACGUCAACAAGCGAUGUUGAGUCGAAGUAUCAACGCCAAGAAAGCAAUGGAGGCUUCCAAAGCUGGUAAUCCUGCAAGUUCGGUCUCGGGAGAUGGCGCUGCCGACUCGCCCAACCCCGACUCGAAAGACUCCAAAGACAAGGAGGAUGCCGUCGCUGGUACCCCGUCCAGUCAACCGAAUCCCGCACCGACGCCUACUAGCGGAAACUUGCAGGUCCCCGGUAUGCCUGGACAGUCGAUGGCGGCUCCUCGACAACCGCUGGAUUUGGUCGAGGAAAUUAUGAACCUUCUCAAGACGACCUACCCUCUGCUCGCUCUGACAAUGGAAAAGAUGGUGGAUCAGAUUUCUCUACGUGCCAAGCCGUCAUCAGAAGAAGAUAUAUACCGAUUCUUUGCUGCUCUACUCAACGAUGCUAUGCAACAAUGGGGAGGACGCAAUGGUCUGCCAAACGAUGAUGGUGAAUUGAAUCAGGCAACGAAGGACAACCUAUCCAAGUUUGCUAACAAUCUCACCGGGGACCUCAAGGCAUCGAUCGAGGUCGACUUCAUGAAGGAUAUGCCUAAAUUGCGCGAGUACAUCAAACGUUUACAGUUCUGGCGUGAUAGCUACGAAAAAUCUCUGGACGCGCGACCCAGGGCUCAACCUAUCGAUCAAGGUGGCUGUAACCUCUUGGACUUCCAUCACACUCGUUUCGACGAAGUGGAAGUGCCAGGGCAAUAUGUCCAGCAUGUCGAUCAAACGGAGGAACUCGUCAAAAUUGCCAGGUUCUCUUCGAAGGCGGAGUUAGGUCGAGGCCAUGGUCAUUGCUUCAGACGAGUCAUCAUGAUUGGCUCUAACGGUGCUACGUACACAUGGAACGUCCAACUACCUGCUGCAAGGCAUUGUCGUCGUGAAGAACGACUUACGCAACUAUUUAGGAUAAUGAACUCUGUAAUGAAGAAACGCGUCGAGACGAGAAGGAGGAAUCUUCAAUUCCAUCUCCCCACAGCCGUAGCAUUGGCUCCACAAUUACGUCUGGUACAAAACGACUCGUCCUACGUCAGUCUCCAGGAUAUAUAUGACGAUUAUUGCAACAAGCAAGGCAUGUCAAGAGAGAAUAGUAUCAUGGCGGUUUACGACCGAAUGAAGUUGUUACAUGAUCCUACCAUGUCACGAACUGACCCCCGUUUCUUGCAACUCAAGAUCGAGGUGAUGGAUGAGAUACAGGCAAAGAUGGUACCGGAGACGAUUCUCACCAAUUAUAUGAUCAAAACGAUGAAUUCACCAGAUAGUUUAUGGUUGAUGCGUAAACAAUUCGCACUUCAAACGGCCACUGUCAUGUUCCUCACCUACGUCUGCAGUUUGAGUAAUCGUACCCCGAGCAGAUUCCAUCUUUCGAGGAGAAGUGGAUUAAUGUAUAUGACUGAGAUUCUUCCGGCUUUCGCCAAUGGCCGCGCGAUCAUCGAAUCCAACGAAUCGGUACCAUUCCGUCUCACACCGAACAUGCAACAUUUCAUCACUCGUGUUGGUAUAGAAGGGAUCGUCACUUCGGCCGUUACGGCCAUUGGACGGUCUCUCACCAUGCCAGAGUUUGAUCUGUCAGGAUCGCUCAGUUUGUUCAUAAGGGAUGAGGUCCUCACUUGGACAUCUACUUAUAGCAAAGACGCCAAGACGGAAGCUCCCAUCACUCAAACAGUUUACAAAAACGUCGAUGCGUUUAUUCGUCGAGCGUCACUCAUGGGUUAUUUGGGAGAGAACAAGGAUAAAACCCCUAUGGCAUCUCCCGCUGUACAUCUCAUCGUUCAACUCAUCUCACAAGCCACCGCACCUCUCCAAUUAGCACAAAUGAACGAAAACUUUAUGGCUUGGUAUUAAAUCUUCGUCGUUGCUGUCAUUCCAGGAAAACAAAAAUCUAAUGGAUCUAUUGUUGUAUAGUCAAAUCAGAAUGCAUGUUCAUGUCACUAUAGUU